AUGAAGCUCUCUACUAAGGGCUUUCUCAUCAUAGCCCUCAGGGCCACCCAUGUACUUGCCAAAAAGGUACCUCGGAGCUCCGACUUCGAAGUACGCCGGCGCGAUCCCUCGCCAGACGCGGCCGUAGCGCAGAACUGGAGCGCCGACGUCCACGAGCCGCCACCGCUGACGGACCUGACGGACAUCUUCAUGGAGCCGCCGACGAACACGAGCGGGACCGUGCUGCUCUGGCCGCCACUCGCGAACCAGACCGAGAGCGUGGGCGAGGGCGAGGGCGAGGGCGAGGACGAGGACGGGUUCGAGUGGUUCAACCUGGACAACUCCAUCGAGGUCUCGGAGAUGCCGAACCGGUCGGACUGGGUCAUCCCCGUCUCGCACUCCUGGUGCUCGUCGUGGGACAUCAAGGACGUCAACGCCCGCGGCUCGAUCCAGGAGAUCAUCAUGUGGAACAACCGCGGCAACAAGGUGAAGAGCAAGUCGGUGCACUGGGAGCUGGACGGCAUGGUCGGCGCCUACGUCUGCGACUGCAAGUGGGGCUAUUUCGACAAGGCCACGGCCUGGGAGAUGUGGGAAUUCUACGAGAGGAUGAUCGAGUGGUGCGGUGAGGGCCACGCCGGCUGGAUAUUCAGCAAGAAGUGGGAAAAGGGCUAUGCUAUCUCCACCAGGGAUAAAAUCCUAUACACGAAGCCCAAGAAGACUCUCUGCCCCAAAUUUUGUUGCUUCGACCCUAAAAGUCAGAAGAUGGAGGGUUAA